AUGACCGUUUCCACCCUCCCGUACAUGAAAACCAACCCCAAAAUCAUCUUCUUCACCGAUUUUGAUGGCACCAUCACCCUCCAAGACAGCAAUGACUUUCUGCACUCUUCCCUCCCCUCCGCUCGAUACGUCUUGACUGAUCGCCUAUUCCUCCACCACAGUGACGCUUUCCGUGACAUGUUGGACAGCGUGAAGACCCCCUACAACGAGUGCAUCGACCAACUUCGCAAGAACAUGCGGCUGGACCCCCACUUUGUCGAGUUCUACAACUGGUCCAAGGAGAACAAUGUGCCGAUUGUGGUCCUGUCGUCGGGCAUGAUCCCCAUAAUCAGAGCGCUCUUUGAGUCCCUCCUGGGCAACACGCCGGACGAUCACCUGCACAUUGUCGCGAACGACGUCGAGAGCCGGGGCGGCAAAGACAUCAACACCGAGGGCGGUUGGCAGAUCAAGUACCACGAUGACAGCCAUUUUGGCCAUGACAAGUCCUUAGAGAUUAAACCUUACGCGGCGCUGCCGGACGGUGUGCGUCCGACUCUCCUCUAUGCGGGAGAUGGUGUCUCCGACUUGUCUGCUGCAGCCGAGACGGAUCUCCUAUUUGCGAAGAAAGGAAACGAUCUGGUCACGUUCUGUGAACGUAAGGGAAUGCCAUUCACCGUCUUCGAGAACUGGUCGUCCAUCCUCGCUACUACGAAAGAUAUUCUGAGCGGAAAAGUGACGGCCAAGCAGGUUCGAGCGGGCGUACAGCUUGCUCUGGUCGCGUUCUUUAUCCUCAUCUUGGUCGUAACUCUCGAUAAUCGCUUCCGUGUACUACCCGCUUCCAUCCACGGUCACCUUCCCUCCCACUACUCUGGUUUCGCCAUCACGGACGUUACAGUCGUCACAUGCUCCUCUAUCAACCCCUUUUCCAACUGCAAGCCGCGUUCGGAGUCUUGGACUGUCGUGGAGAAAGACCUGUAUCUCCGCACGGGAUGGACAUCCAGUGCUUUCAUCCACUUCGAGCACAAAAAGGAAGAGGAAUUAUCAUCAUCAGACAAGGUCGUGAUCGACCUGAAGAUAAGCCGUCUCGUACCAGAAUCGACUGACGAGUCGAAAAAAGAUGGCGGCGUAUGGGAGGAAAGACCAGGGGGUAUCUGGUUGAAGCGCACAGCGAAGCGCCACGCCAGUGACUCGCAAAAGGCUAUCACCGCAAUCGACGUUCUUUUCGGCGCCGACGCUGUCGACCCGCGAGCUGGCUGGGAAGUAAAGGAUACCCCGUUGCUGUUGGAUAGUCGGACGGAAAACACGGAGGCUCGCAUCAGUGUUCGAAGGGGCCACCCCACCAAGAACAAGAAGCCGGUCCCCAGAAUUAAUGAGAAUGGCCGCUUCAAGAUUAUGCAGCUGGCCGAUCUGCAUUUGAGUACCGGCCUCGGUGCGUGCAGAGACCCGGUACCUAUCGAGCCUGUCCCAGGCCAGAAGUGCGAGGCCGAUCCACGCACUUUGGAGUUCGUUGAGAGACUCCUCGAUGAGGAACAGCCGGACAUGGUUGUCCUCACUGGUGACCAGGUCAACGGUGAAACCUCCAGGGAUGCGCAAAGUGCGAUCUUCAAGUCAGUCAAGCUGCUUGUCGAUCGCAAGAUCCCGUAUGCAGCUAUCUUUGGCAACCAUGACGACGAGGGGAACCUCAGCCGGGAGCAGUCGAUGCAGAUUCUCGAAGAUCUUCCGUAUUCACUCUCAUCGGCUGGUCCGGAAGAGGUGGAUGGAGUUGGAAAUUACAUUGUGGAAGUCCUCGGCCGUGGAACGACUGGAAACUCCGCCUUGACGCUGUACCUCCUCGACACCCAUUCGUAUUCUCCGGAUGAGCGCCAGUUCCGUGGCUAUGACUGGAUCAAGCCCAGCCAGAUUCGCUGGUUCAAGACCACCGCCCAGAGCCUCAAGACGAAACACCAUGAGUAUACAUACAUGCACAUGAACAUGGCAUUCAUUCAUAUACCGUUACCCGAAUAUCGUGAUCCGCAGAAUUAUUACCGCGGCAACUGGUCGGAAGCACCGACGGCUCCCGGAUUUAACUCGGGUUUCAAAGAUGCGCUCGAGGAGGAGGGGAUUUUGUUUGUCAGUGCGGGACAUGAUCACGUCAAUGACUAUUGCAUGCUGAAUAAAGACCAAAACGAGAAGCCUUCGCUGUGGAUGUGCUACGGUGGUGGUGCAGGCUUUGGUGGCUACGGAGGCUACGGCGGCUAUAUUCGACGCAUCCGGUUUUUCGACUUUGAUAUGAACUCCGGAAGAGUCGUGACAUACAAGCGACUGGAAUUUGGGGAGACCGAAGCGAAAAUCGACGAAAUGAUGAUCGUUGACGGUGGUGCUGUGAAAGGACCACAAGAGAACAGCUGA